AUGGAACUGAAAUCUGCAGCUUGCUGUGAAUGAGGCAGAUGCUGAGAAAUCGGGCGAGGAGGCUACGGCAGCGCGGUGAGGUCAUGAAGUCUGAGAGUGGCACAGACCUCUCACAAAGCACGGGACCCCGCGCCAUGGACAUCAUGGUGGCAAUGGGUCAUGUUGAUGCUGUGGAACAGCGAUUCUGGGCACGGGAAACAAGCACGGACUGAUGGGACCACAUAGUGCUGCAGGUCUGGGAUGAAUCACAGUGGCUGCGAAACUUUCGUAUGCGGAAGGGAACUUUCCUGGAACUUUGUAAGUUGCUUUCCCCUGCCCUGAAGUGCAAGGACACCCGGAUGCGAGCAGCCCUGACUGUCCAGAAGCGAGUGGCCAUAGCCCUCUGGAAGCUUGCAACGCCAGACAGCUACCGGUCAGUCGCGAACCACUUUGGCGUGGGCAAAUCUACCGUGGGGGUUGUUGUGAUGCAAGUAGCCAACGCAAUCGUUGAGGUGCUGCUACGAAAGGUAGUGACUCUGGGAAAUGUGCAGGUCAUAGUGGAUGGCUUUGCUGCAAUGGGAUUCCCUAACUGUGGUGGGGCGAUAGAUGGAACCCAUAUCCCUAUCUUGGCACCGGAGCACCAGGGUACCCAGUACAUAAACCGCAAGGGGUACUUUUCAAUGGUGCUGCAAGCACUUGUGGAUCACAAGGGACGUUUCACCAACAUCAACAUGGGCUGGCCAGGAAGGGUUCAUGACGCUCGUGUCUUCAGGAACACUAAUCUGUUUAAACGGCUGCAGCAAGGGACUUACUUCCCGGACCAGAAAAUUACCGUUGGGGAUGUUGAAAUGCCAAUAGUUAUUCUUGGGAACCCAGCCUACCCCUUAAUGCCAUGGCUCAUGAAGCCAUACACAGGCAGCCUGGACAGGAGUCAGGAGCUGUUCAACUACAGGCUGAGCAAGUGCAGAAUGGUGGUAGAAUGUGCAUUUGGCUGUUUAAAAGGUCGCUGGCGAUCGUUAUUGACUUGCUCAGACCUCAGCCAAACCAAUAUCCCCAUUGUUAUUUCUGCUUGCUGUGUGCUCCACAAUCUCUGUGAAAGUAAGGGGGAGACCUUUAUGGCAGGGUGGGAGGCUGAGGCAAAUCGCCUGGCUGCUGAUUACGCGCAGCCAGACACCAGGGCGAUUAGAGGAGCACACCAGGAAGCGCUGUGCAUCAGAGAAGCUUUGAAAACCAGUUUCAUGACUGGCCAGGCUACAGUGUGAAAUUUCUGUUUGUUUCUCCUUCAUGAAAACCCGACCCCUUUAUUGACUCAUUCUCUGUAAGGAACCCACCCUCUCCCCUUCCCCCAGCUUGCUUUCAAAGGAAAUA